CUCCUCUGUGCUGAGAAUGCCGGAGCGGCUUCACGACAACACCAGCUCCACGGACCACAUGCGCCACAGAAUCGGCUGGAAGCAGGUGCUGGACGUGCUCUGGAGCGACCCGCAGAGCACGCCGGGUUGCGAGCCGAACGUGUUCCGCGGCGGAGGCUGCUACUUCGGCCCCGACGUCACGCACAAGCUGCUGCGCAUCAACGACCUCGACCUGCUGAUCCGGUCGCACGAGUGCAAGGCGGAGGGAUACGAGUACACGCACGACGACAAGUGCCUGACCAUCUUCUCAGCGUCCAACUACUACGGCCCCGGCUCCAACCGCGGCGCCUACGUGGUGCUGCAAGGAGCCGAGCUGCGGCCGCACUUCGUCCAGUUCAACGCCCAGACCAAGGCCAAGUACAUCCCAAUGAGGCAGCGGGUCGGCGCUCUAGAGGCCUCCGCCCUCAACGAGCUUCGGAAGAAGAUCCUCGCCUCCAAGGCGGCGCUAAUGGAUGAGUUCAGCAGACGCGACCCAGCCGAAACAGGUUUGAUAGCCGUCCACGAGUGGGUGGCGGUCAUGGAGGACCACUGCAGCCCCGGCAUCCCCUGGCGCGUGCUGCGAGAGAAAAUCGUGCCUCUGGACUCGCGUUCCUCGAAGAUAGUCUACGCCGACACGUUCGUGGGCUCUGUUUCUCCUACGAAAAGCGAGGACAGCCCCAGCGUGGUGGAGUCCCUGUACAGAAACCGAGAGCGGCUGGAGACUAUAUUCCGGAUUCUCGACAAAGACCACUCUGGGUUCCUGUCUCUGGACGAGUUCGCCGACGCUUGCUCGCUGCUCCAGAACUACCUGCACCAGCCGAUCCCCUACGACGAGAUGGUCAACAUGGCCAAGAGCAUGGACAUCAACAAAGACGGCUUCAUCGACUUCAACGAGUUUCUGGAGACGUUCCGCCUAGUGAACGUGGACGGCGGCGGAGCGGGCGGCGAGCCGCGGUGACCCAAGCAGGCCUGGUGACCCCGCCCGCUCAGCACGCUCGGCCUGACCCGCAGCUCGUCGGCGCAGCAGCGCAAGCUCGCCCCGAGGGAGCGGGGAGCGAGGGGUCGCGAGCGUAUGAGUGCGGUGGCAGUGGGGUCACGAAGACGAACGGGGAGGAGACGAGGGCGCCUGAGGUCCGGACGCACGAGUACGAGCAUAUGCGUCUGGUAGGAGGAGUGUGAGUGUGAGGGGCGAGACUAACUGAGUGAGGUCAUUCGGGCAACGCACUUUCAGCCGACUGAAGGCCUUGCGGCGUUAGCUGACCCCAGGGUAGGACCGGUACUUGCGCUGGCGGUUGGGGCGUGGGAGAAUCACUUUGACCUUUUUGGCAUGGUCGCAUGAUAACUUGGGAUUUGGCCUCAUGGAACUUGCUGUACCCGGUCCACGCACACUCCUGCCAUAUGCCGACAUAUUUAGAUGCAGUUUAUUUAAUGUGCAGAACUUGAUGGGUUUUACCUACAUGUCGCCCCAAUCAUGUUUCGUUUUUGGCAGUGGCACAUUUAAGAAUAGCUAUUCCGUGUCCUUGCUGCCUUGAUGCACUUCGUCACAAUACUAUUUUCUUAUAUGCAAGUGAAAUUUUGAAGUGACUACAAGUCACUUAGCUGAGUUGACCAUUUGAUUUUGGUGGUCACAUGCAUACUAGAAACUAGAUUCUUGCUUUGUCCAGGUGGUGCCGGGAAAAAUCAAAAUCAAUCGAAUUGUUGUUGCAGUCGGGGUGGCAUUAACCAUGUAAGUUGUUAAGUAGCUUAAGGCAUGUUUCCAAAACAUUAAUGCAUCUAUAUUUCCGUUUUCCUGGUAUUUCUACGAAAAUUGAGGCUAUUACUUUUUAUUUCAAUAAUUUAUUAUUUGUUUCGAGAGCUGAAAUCAGGCUCGAAGGCACAAAACCAUCACUGAGGUUAUUCCGAAAUUGAAUAUAUUCAGUAUUAUUCUAUAUAUCCAUGUAUACAUAAAUCUAUAUGCGCGCAUGUGCACCAAAUAACAUUUGUUCAUAUUUAGUUUUCGUUCUAUCGAAAGAAAU